AUGACAGCCACCACCUAUCACCUGCAUUCGUACGAACGACUGAGAAAAGAAGAGCUCGCUCAAGCUCACGAAAGAGAGUGGUAUCACAACAGCAUACGUAAGCACCAGAACUGGAACGAUAUCCGAUUUCAACUAUCGCCUCAAUACGGCAAAUUUAUGCACUAUAAAAAAUUUCAGAUUCAACGACAGGUAGAAAUUGAUUAUCUAGCAGAGCAAGCGAAAGAACUUUAUCUCAAACAACAAGAUCCUGAAUGGCAAGCUGAGCAGAUGGAGUUAAGGAGAUGGGAAGAGUAUAGAAGACAUGUGGUGCAAAAUGAUUUGGUACAUUGCAUGACUUUGGAGGAAAAGAAUGAAAGAGAAAUGAGAAGAGCUAGGGUGAGAAGAGCCGCUAAGUACCAGAAAAAGUUGCAGCGGUACCUCGCGGAAUGUGAUCUUCAAGAUCGUCACGAUCGAGAAAAUAAGUUGGCCUACCAAGCUAUCGGGGGCUUUGCCCUUUUGUCAGUUGGUGUUGCUCUGUUUUCAUUCUUUUGUUAG